AUGUAUGGUAUCCGAAACCGAAUAUUUACGAAGUACAAAGAUCUAAAUGAUAGAAUGAACCAUCCACCACCCAAGACAACUCCAUCAAUCUGGAGGAAAAUGGUCCAUAAAUGGGAUGACCUGAAUUGCGUGGAAACAAGUGCUAAGAACAAAGAGAAUCAGGAGAAGAGUGAGCUUGCAGCCACUGCGGUUCAAUACCUUUGGCCAAGUACAUACAUGAUGAGACGUUUCCAUGUGAAGAAGGACAAAAAUUGGGUUAGCUCAAAGGCAAAAGACCUGCAUGAUGGUAUGAUAGAAGCAGAGGCUGCAAAGGUAUACCAAGGGAAAGAUCCAAACAGAUUUGCCAUCUAUCAAGAAGUGAUAGGACUACAACGCCCCAAGCGUGUUCUAGGGAUGAGACAUGGGGCGAGCUCAGUUGAUGUCUUCAGUCCCCCAUCGAGUCAGGGUUGCAACAAGCGUUGUCAAGAGGAUCGAACCAAGGAAAGGGGAAAAUGA